CUACGUACCGCGGCCCCGCAUCUCCCGCAAACCCCGCAGCAGCUGCCCCCGGCUGACAGCCCCCGCCCCGCCGCAUUAAAGGAGCGGGCGGAGGCACGCGGCCAGGGCAGCAGGCAGGGCGGGGGCGGUGGGGGGGAGCCGGCGGGGACGCCGCUCGCAUGUGGCCGGGAGCACCCGCCGUCAGCCCGGCCGGCCGCGCCCCGGCGGCCGCCGGCCCCCGCGGAGCUGCCCCGCGGCGCGGAGCCGCUCUCCGGACCCGGCGGCGGGGCGGGAUGGCCGCGGGGCCGCGCCGCAGAAGAGCCGGAGGAGGGGGAGGACCAAGAAAGCCAGGAGCCAAGCUUUUCCCCUCUCUCUCCUUGCAGCUCGGGGGAGAUGCUGGAAGCGGCUCUGAGUUUGCAGCGUCCGAGAAGGGGAACCAGAGCCGUGUGAGCUCCUGCCGGUCCCUGCGGCAGCCGCUGCCCCGCGGCGCUCCACCAGCCUCCUCCUCGCCCGGGGCCGCUCGCAGCCCCGCACAUAGUCGGACUCCGCCGCCCCUCGCUGCCGCCGGAGGAGGCUGCCCACCCCAGCGGCCCAGGAUGCAGUUUCGCCUCUUCUCCUUUGCCUUGAUCAUCCUGAAUUGUAUGGAUUACGGCCACUGCCAAGCCAGCCGCUGGAGACGCAGCAAGAGAGCUAGCUAUGGACCCAAUCCAAUUUGCAAAGGCUGUUUAUCUUGUUCAAAGGAUAAUGGGUGCAUCAGAUGCCAACACAAGUUAUUCUUCUUCCUACGAAGAGAAGGAAUGAGACAAUAUGGUGAAUGCUUGCAUUCCUGCCCAUCAGGGUACUACGGACUCCGAACACCAGAUAUGAACAGAUGUUCAAGAUGCAGAAUAGAAAACUGUGACUCCUGCUUUAGCAGAGACUUUUGUACCAAAUGCAAAACGGGCUUCUACUCGCACAGAGGCCGCUGCUUCCGAGGAUGCCCCCCUGGAUUUGCAGCCUUGGAAGAGCUUAUGGAAUGCGUGGAAGGCUGUGAAGUGGGUCAGUGGAGUGAGUGGGGAACUUGCAGCAGAAAUAACAAAACAUGUGGAUUUAAGUGGGGCCUGGAAACGAGAACAAGACAAAUUGUGAAGAAGCCAGCGAAAGACACGAUACCGUGCCCAACCAUUGCAGAAUCCAGACGGUGUAAAAUGGCCAUGAGGCAUUGUCCAGGAGUAAAAAUCACGAUGCCAUUUCUGAAUGCUUAUCUCGGACACAAAGAGAGGUGAAGAUGAGAUGUAUGUCUACAUUUAUUUCCUGAUCUGGAAAGAGGGAAGGCAUUGGGACAGGACAUGAGGCUACCAGUAGGAGUUCUUCCCUGACAUAGACGCAUAAUUGGAUGGACGUCAUGGCGGUUGAUCACACUUUGGAGGCUUUUUAUGCAGUAAUCUUUCUUAUUUCCAUUGCUACAAUAAUAUUUAAGAGUUCUGGAAGAGCAACAGUAAAAAGUUCCAAUCGGACUUUCUGUCUUUAUGCUGUUACGUUUCAUUAUUAGUACUCAGAAAAUAUGACUGAAAAGAUUAAAAGAUAAAAGAAUGUAUACUUAAAUAUAGAAAACAAAUAUGCAAAGCUACAAAAUGUAUGUUAGGUAAGUAGUAUGUGUUAUUUUAAUCUAAUAAGUUACUAGUGAUAUGGCAAAUGGAGUUAAUGAUCCCGCUUUGCAACAAAUAUUUAAGGUAGGAUAAACAAUAUUUAGAAUAAAUCUGUACAUACACUUUGAAGACACUAGCUAUACACUUAAGGUGUACUAAACUAGCAUAAUUUCUAAGAGAAGCCAUGUUACAGGUAUAGUUAUCUCUAGUAGCUAAGUAUUUUUUCCUUCUUUAAACGGACAUAUUUCCUCUGAGAGUGAAUGCUUUAACAUUUCUGGCUUUAACUUGGCAACCUGCAGUGUAAAGGCUCAAAUGUGUUAUUUUGUUGCUCUUUGACUCCACCCAAAAGUUUGGUGCUAACAUUUGUUUUCCUUUGAAACCUGGCAAAAUACAUCAGGAUUCCUCUCUUUAUUAGAUUUAUUUCGAAGAGGCUAACCACAUGAUUUUUUAGUUGUGCAACCAACAAAAUCACAGAAUUAUUGAAUAAUAUGCGUUUGAAGGGAAUGAGGGAGGUUACAUAGUCCAGCCUCCUGCUCAAAGUAGAGUCAGACAAAGUGGUCCAGGGCCAUAACUUGUUUUCAUUGAAUUUCAUGAGGUUACUCUCAGCUACAAUGAAUCUCUUAGUAAGUGAGAAAUAAUAAUAAUAAAAACUCAAACGGAGCAACAGAACUAAGUGAGCGAUCUGAGUGAUCAGACAGGUGAUUAUGUUCUUUUAAGCUUUUUGACUAUAUCUACACCGCAGUGCCCAGUGUGGGAAAGUUUGUAAGCCAGAAUGCUUUUGAGACCUUAAUUUAUAGCUUGCACUUGUCACAAAUAGGCACAAUACCUACAGACAGCAUCUGCCUUUUGAGUGUCAGUGCUAGGGUGCUCUCUAGGUGGGUCUCCAUAAAAACAACCACCACAUUUUGUGUCUCCUGUUGGCCUCGUUAUGUUGCCAUAAGAACAGGUAGCUUAAGUGGCAAAGACUGGUCUGGGAACAGCAAGAACUGUUGGCUUCUCCACAAGGACAGUUGAGCGCUGGGCUAGAUUUACACAGUCACUGACCUUGGAAGUUUCCAUGACCUGACUGGACAAAGUCCUGAACAAUCUGGUCUAAAUGGUCUUGAUGGUACUGACAGCAGAAAGUUGGACUGGGGACCAGCCUGGAUGAUUCUGCUGCUUUGAAUGGCAGGACACGCUGUGAAUUUAGGCUGAAAGAACACUGUUCAGGCUUAGCAAAAUUUCUGAUAUAUUCUACUCCCAGUUAGAGAGAAUCUGGAAUGACUGGUCAUAAGGAAAAGGAACGAAAAAAGUUUUACUGUAUUUGUUAUAGUGCUGAGAUCUCUUAAUUUGGUCUGUUUUAUUGAUGUUGAAAUAACAUGUGGAGUGUGUUUAAUUUUUAAUAUAACGCUGUUUCAUGCAUUUCCAAGUUUAGCUUUAAUCAGUAUGGAAGCUUAGUGAGAAGCACUGCCUUCUUAAUUUACUUUUUUGUUGUUUGAGUUGUUAACUUAAUUGUCUUUGGCUGAAUGCUACACACUUGUAAUUUCAAAAUCUUGCAUAGGAUCUAAAAGAUACAUGCCACUAUGUACCUUUAUUUUAACUUAAUGCACAAAACGGCAGUCUAAGAAAACACUGAAAAAACAGCAGAAGUACUAUAGAGCUGCAGAUAUAGAACUGUACUUUAGUUUUAGAUUUGCUUUGACUUAUCAAAUCAUAAAGAAAAGUCCAAUCUAAUUUGUUGACAUUUUUAGUAACUUGAGGAUUUCAUUCAGUUGUUAGCUAAAUGAUGACAUAAAUGUAUGUGGCAAGUUAUAGAUAAAAGAAAAUGA